AUGGAAAGGCAACAUGUCCAGCACGGUAGUGCUCUCCCGGAAAAUGCACACAGGCGUUCUCCGAACAGUCAAGGCCAUGGGCAGAACCUGCAUCCGUCUACUCAACUAGUCGACAAGCUACACAAUCUCUAUGCCAGAGCUCAUGAGCUCAAACUAAAUAUCCAGUCGGUCAAUAGGAAAUACAAUGUUUUGAAAAGGAGAACAGAAGAACGGGCGCAGAGGUUGCUGCAAGCGUCUCAUCCAAAGGCGCAGAUGUACAUCAGCAUGAUACCGGCCGUUCCUCUGAGGAAUGGGGAGAGAGCGUCUGGCCCAUUUCAUGAUACAUUUCUCAACGACGAUUCCGAAAAGCCAAUAUAUGUCGAUAUUGAGAGCGAUCCAAACAGUGUAGACGAUUAUCUCUUUACCGAGAUGCGCGCAUCGGCGACAAUCUCGCAAGCGGCGGCAUUGGAGCUUGCUGCUGUGGAGGUCGAGGCGGAGACAUUAUUACUGCGGAUAAGCUUGGGGCGAGAGGCAUACGACCACCGCGACUGCAGAGUGUGCAGCGGCAGGCUGCGGCUGGACCCGAAAUACGACCCUCUUCCACACCGGUGA